AGGGGCCGGCCGUUGGGCCCGAGGCGGCGGCGGCGGCGGCGGCAGCGGCGGCGGCCGGGAGGACCGCUCUGGUCGCCUCUCGGGCAGGAGCGGCGGGGCCCGCGCCUCCUCCCCCCGGCGCCGCGGAGGGGGGAGGAGGAAGAUGGAGACCCACAUCUCGUGCUUGUUCCCCGAGCUGCUGGCCAUGAUCUUCGGCUACCUGGACGUCCGGGAUAAGGGGCGCGCGGCGCAGGUGUGCACGGCCUGGCGGGACGCCGCCUACCACAAGUCGGUGUGGCGGGGGGUGGAGGCCAAGCUGCACCUGCGCCGGGCCAACCCGUCGCUGUUCCCCAGCCUGCAGGCCCGGGGCAUCCGCCGCGUGCAGAUCCUGAGCCUCCGCCGCAGCCUCAGCUACGUGAUCCAGGGCAUGGCCAACAUCGAGAGCCUCAACCUCAGCGGCUGCUACAACCUCACCGACAACGGGCUGGGCCACGCGUUUGUGCAGGAGAUCGGCUCCUUGCGCGCCCUCAACCUGAGCCUCUGCAAGCAGAUCACCGACAGCAGCCUGGGCCGCAUCGCCCAGUAUCUCAAGGGCCUGGAGGUGCUGGAGCUGGGGGGCUGCAGCAACAUCACCAACACCGGCCUCCUGCUCAUCGCCUGGGGCCUGCAGCGCCUCAAGAGCCUCAACCUCCGCAGCUGCCGCCACCUGUCGGACGUGGGCAUCGGGCACCUGGCCGGCAUGACGCGCAGCGCGGCCGAGGGCUGCCUGGGCCUGGAGCAGCUCACGCUGCAGGACUGCCAGAAGCUCACGGACCUUUCCCUAAAGCACAUCUCGCGGGGGCUGACGGGCCUGAGGCUCCUAAACCUCAGCUUCUGCGGGGGCAUCUCAGACGCGGGUCUCCUGCACCUGUCGCACAUGGGCAGCCUGCGCAGCCUCAACCUGCGCUCCUGCGAUAACAUCAGUGACACGGGCAUCAUGCAUCUGGCCAUGGGCAGCCUGCGCCUCUCCGGGCUGGAUGUGUCCUUCUGUGACAAAGUGGGGGACCAGAGCCUGGCUUACAUCGCCCAGGGCCUGGACGGCCUCAAGUCCCUGUCCCUCUGCUCCUGCCACAUCAGCGACGAUGGCAUCAACCGCAUGGUGCGGCAGAUGCAUGGGCUGCGCACGCUCAACAUCGGACAGUGCGUGCGUAUCACAGACAAGGGCCUGGAGCUGAUCGCUGAGCACCUGAGCCAACUCACCGGCAUAGACCUGUAUGGCUGCACCCGCAUCACCAAGCGCGGUCUGGAGCGCAUCACGCAGCUGCCCUGCCUGAAGGUACUCAACCUGGGACUCUGGCAGAUGACGGACAGUGAGAAGGUCAGAAUCCUCCACUGCAACAAGAGAGACCAUGGAGUUAAAGAAACCCAGAGACCUUUAUCAAUUAAUUGUACUGUUUGUGAAUUUGUAUAAAUAAUAACAAAGAUCCUCUUAAAACGUUUAUAUUCUUACAGUAAAAGGUUAAACUGAUAUUUAUAUAAUAAAAGAGGAAAUAUGAAGUAUGUUUUUGAAAAAAAAAAAAAAACAAACAAAAAACCUUGUAUCUGUGAAUUAUUUUGAAGGCAGUGUGUGUUUGGGUACAUGCCAAAGUCGGAGGUGCUGUUUGUGUACUCUAAGAGGAAAUAAGGUAUAGAGUUCAGUGCAUCCUAGGUGGUGUAAGUAAGCUCACAGUUAAAAAUUUAUUCUGUAAGAGAUUUACUACUGACAUCUAAAUGUUGUGUUUCUAGAAAUGUGACUGGACUGGAGACUUAUAUAAUUUUUGGUUUUGAACUGUCAACAACAUGGGAAUUUAAAGAAAUGGAACUUUUAAAAAACUAGAUCUGUAAGAGUCACAAUUUCCCCCAGGGUGGAAAUGAGAUCUAGGGGUCCUGUUGAAUAAUGGGGUCAUGAGAUGUGGAAGUGGGGAAGAAAAGAUGGGUUGCUUUCCACUUUGAGUGGGUGUGGGGAGGAUGUGAAAUGGUGAAGAGUGGAGGGAACUGAAGCCAUUGUUCAGAAAAGUUAAAAGAACGCUGUACGCUGUCCUUGCCUGCUCGCUUACUUUGCUCAGUCAUGCAUGCUGAAUCUCACAGUGUGAGUGAGGGUCCUGGUAGAAAGGAGGAAGGCAGUUCAGCCCCUCUUUUUAACAUUCUCCUCCAGGCCCCGCUGUAUUUAAGCACUUUCCUGGGGGAUGGGGAGGUUGGCCAGAAGUUCUUGCACAUUUGCAUUUUAAGCACUUCCAGCACUGAAGCUUGCCACUCGGGUCUACUGUGGUGUGAGGGUUCUUAGACUGAAUUCGGGGCACAUAAAUGAAUACCAACAAUUCUAGCAAAGAGUUCCCUUUGAUAGACAAUAACUAAAUGAUCAACGCCCUGUGGUUGGGCUGCGGAAGUGGCAGAGGGUAUAAAUGCUCUAACAGUAGAGUAAUUCACAUUCACAUUCCUGGUUUCACAUAGGUCUUAGUUUCUGAGAUUUUUUUUUUUUUUACCAAAAACAACAACAACAACAACAAAUACAGAUCCCAGCAAGAGCUAGUAAGGGGUAUAAAACUUUCCUGCAAAGACACCUCUUUCCAGGAAGAGAGCUAGAACCCAAGUUUCUCUUGGGGUAGGAUUGUUUUGUAAAAUUUCCAAGCUUUCUGCUUGAGCAUAUCACAAAAGCUACAUUGUUCCUUUUUGGAGAGCCAUCACAAUUGGGUCUAAUUGAGCCUGACACUAGAUCCAUCUUCCUUUUCUUGGGGGAAGGUGUGGAUCUCUUUAUUCCCUCUUAGGUUACAGUGCUUAUUGCCUGGAAAAAAAAAAAAGAAAAGAAAAGAAAAGAAAAUGUGUGAACCCUAGUAAGUCGGGACUUGGAAUUAGGGUCAGCUUUCUAAUUUAGCAUUUGACACUAUAAUGCAUGAAGGCUCCACAAGCUGUAAGUUCUUAGACUUUUUCUUCCUCCAAAAGACUGCAUGACUGUACAGAUUCAGUCAAUAAAAAUUUGAGCACCUCCUAAGUCUCAGACUCUGCUCACAUUCCUCACUUUCAUACAAAAAAAAUAAGGGUUUUCCACCCUUUUUUUUUUUUUUUUUACUUGAAAGGCUAAAUAUAAGCUUGACUAAAGGUCAGUAAAUUAAUGUUUGAAAGUUAAGGUCACGGGCCUACUGUUCUCAACCUUGAAUUGGGUAUACUUAAUAUAUCUGGAGUGUCUCUGGAAACCAUGAAUAAACCAUUUAUUUUCAUCAGCCAA